AUGGCUGAGGCAACAGCACAGGGGGUCCCUGAUAAGAAUCUUGUGACUUUUCAGGAUUUGUACAUUUGCUUCACCCCAGAGGAAUGGUUCCUACUUGAUGAGGAUCAGAAAUGCCUGUACUGGUCCGUGAUGCUGGAGACCUUUCUAACUACUGCGUCAGUGGGUCUUUCAAUUUGCAGACACCCUAUGAUUACCCAACCUGGGCCAGUGAGACAACCCAAUGUUCCUCACGGAGUGGGCGUAUCUUUAGCAAGGACAAACAUGAUACAAGGGAGCUCUGGUCCUGGUUGUGGGAAUAGAAUGAAUGAUGAAAAUGCAUGUUCUGAGAGGGGUGUUUCUGUUAGAACGUCACAGGUGAGACCUCUUCAGGUGGGUCCUUCCAUACAAAAGAGCCACCAGUGUGACAUGUGCGACCCCAUCUUGAAAGACAUUUUGCAACUGCCUGGGCACCAGGCAACAUCCUCUGGGCAGAAAUUAUACCCAUGUAAGUCAUGUGGGAGAACCUUCUGGUUUAGUACAAACCCUGACCAAAUCCCAAGGCAGCAGAGUGGAGAGACAUUCAGUGGAAUGAAUAAUGGCCAGGCCCAGUUUGUUAUGAGUGGCAGAGGCCCCGUGUCAGAGAAUUCCUUCACUGGCAGAAACGGUGGGGCGGACUUCUCUGCCAGCUCUGGACUUGUCCAACACCAUGCCACUCACAAUGUGCAGAGGCCACACCAGAGCACUGAGUGCGAGGAGGCCCUUCAAACUGAAGAAAGACUAUACCAUUGCAGUGAUUGUGGCAAAUUAUUUGGCAACCACUCCUUCUUUAUGUUACACCAAAAGGCCCACAACAAAACAACAUUUUAUAAGUGUGUUGAUUGUGGGAAAUUGUUUCGGUGUAGCUCCAGCCUUGAAGAACACCUGAAAAUUCAUAUGGAUGUGUUAAAGCCUUAUAAGUGUUCUGAAUGUGGUAAAUCCUUUCGUAAAAAUUCCCACCUUAUGCUGCACCAGAAACUUCAUACUGGAGAAAAACCUUAUGAGUGCAGUGUAUGUCAGAAAGCCUUCACCCGUAAAACCACACUUACUCAACAUGAGAAAAUUCACAGUGGAGAAAAGCCUUAUUCUUGCAAGAGUUGUGGGAAAGCCUUUCUUCGUAAAUGUGCACUUACUGAUCACGAGAGAGUCCAUGCUGGAGAAAAGGCUUAUGAGUGUAACGAAUGUGGAAAAUUCUUCUGCUCCAGCACCGCUCUUAAAAUACAUAAGAGGCUUCACAGUGGAAUCAGGCCUUAUGUGUGCAACGAAUGUGGAAAAACCUACAUUGCUAAGAGCCACCUUACUCAACACAAGAAGGUUCAUACCAGCUCAAGGCCUGGGUGUGAAGACAAUGUGGAAAAUUCUUUGGUGGAAACUUCGGCCUCAUUACACACCAGCAACAAAACACUGGAGCAAAGCUUUAUAUGUUCAGCAGAGGUGGAAGAGCCUACAGAAGAUGCUCCCACCUUAUGUGGUUCGUGA